AUGUCUGAAAUAGACCACUCUCCUCCAAAAACUCCUCGUCGACCUAUUAUGGCCAUCGUGAACGAAAAGCUUGCCGAGAAAUCGGCUGCCAGAGGUACUACUCCAACUCCAGGUCUAACUCCUGCUUCUUCUUCAAAAUUGCCUCAAAAGAUUCGAGGUGUUGGUCAGCGCUUGCUGCCCAUCAGUAUUCAAAUUCCUGCAACGCCGCAAUCUUCAAGCCCAUCACCCUCCAAAGAGUCACAUGUUCUGCAGCAUCACGAUCACACGGAUGAUGUUAGCCAAGAUGUAGAUAUGGAUCCACAUGCAGAGCCAGAAUCAGGGCCAGACGAGACGGUUGUCAGUCUAGAUUCAUUAGAACCCAAGAGAGGAGACUUGGGCCCAUUUAACUGGGAAGGCUUUGAACAAUGCUAUGAGAUGGCUAUCAAGGAAAUGAGCGACAAGGAGGACCAUUUGAUUGAGGAUUUUCAGAACCUUUCCGAGGCCUUCACUAUCUGGGCAGAAUCUUCCUCGGAGCAAGAUAAUGAGAGGGCAUGCAAGCGUCUAAAAACGAGAGAAAGAUACGUGCAGAUACAAGAGAUGUCAUUGAAUGCCAAAAAGCAGCACUAUACGAAAGUUGUCGAAGCAUUCAAGCAAGCUCUCCAGUUGUUUGGAGAAUGA